AUGUGGGCUUCACCUCGUUAUGCAAUCUACAUACUUAUGCUACUUGACGAACUUUGUACAAAGCAGAGAGAAGAUAUGAUGAAAGAAGACAAAAGCAUACAGAAAAGAAUACCGCGUUCAGUACCAAAAGGAAAGGAAAAGAGUUAUAAGUAUAUGAUUUAUACUGAAGAGUUGGAGAAAGAAGAAGACAGAGAUAUGGUUAUGUUGCAUUUAGUGAGAAGAAAUAACAAGAGCUUUUAUGACUUAGCUAAGAUAUAUAAAUCUGACAGAAACUGGUUCUAUCGUGAAAACUUACCGAUUUCAAUGACACCGAAUGAGCAAAUAAAGGAAAUUGUCAAAAAUACUCUUCCUCAAACACACUAUGACAUCAAAGGUUGCACAAUACUUACAUUCAAAGAAGACUUAACAUUACUGAAGGAAAAAAUAACAGAAUAUUUCGACAACUUCAAAGAGGAAGAAUAA